AUGUGUGAAUUCUUAAGGAAAAACAUCUUUACCCACUUUGGGACACCUAGAGUGAUUAUCAGUGACAAUGGGUCACACUUUGUGAACAAGCAGUUUGCCACACUGCUGUUCAAGUAUGGGGUCACACACAAAACAAGAACCUCGUACCAUGCCCAGACUAGUGGACAAGUCGAAGUGGCUAACCGUGAACUUAAACGAAUUCUUGAAAAGACAGUUAGUGCUUCUCGUAAGGAUUGGUCGGUAAAGUUGGAAGAAGCUCUAUGGGCAUACAGAACUGCGUUCAAAACAACCAUAAGGACUUCACCGUUCAAAGUAGUGUAUGAAAAAUCGUGUCACCUACCUGUUGAGAUAGAACAUAAAGCUUAUUGGGUAAUUAAGAUGCUUAAUCUUGAUCUUAGUCCUGCAGGUGAACACAAGUUGGCGCAGAUGAAUGCAUUGGAGAAGUUUAGACUGGACGCGUAUGAAAAUACGCGGAUUUUCAAAGAAAAUACUAAAAAGUGGCAUGAUAGUUUGAUUAAGCCUAAGGAGUUUCAUAAAAGGGACAGAGUCUUACUGUACAAUAGUAAACUCAGAUUGUUCCCCGAAAAAUUUAAGUCUAGAUGGACGGGACCAUAUGUGGUGAAACGUGUAUCACCAAAUAGGGCAAUAGAGAUCCAGAACCAGGACGAAACGGAAAGUUUCAAAGUAAAUAGGCACAUAUUAAAACCGCAUCUUGUUGGAGGAUUUGCUCAUCAAUCCUCGAGCAUCAAAAUCAGUUGA